AUGUUUUAUGGUCACUCUGCGCAGCCUUCACCGAUUCCCAAUGGAACCUACAGUAGUCCAGACUCCGUUGGUCCAUCCACAGCCGGUGAAAAACGGAAGGUUAAAGGUGGGUCGAGGCCAUCAUCUCGUGGAGUUAUGUUUCCGAAUACGCCUGGUCAAGGUGGACCACCACCUCAAGUUGGUCCCUUGCAAAAUCCUGCUCUUGUUGGUCUUCGUAUGGAGGCAGCGCCAGUUAGUUCUUCGUCAGGUGAAGAUUGGAAAUUGAUUUAUCUUUGCGCUGUAUUUGAUGUUCAUAAUUCUAUUUCGCAGUUUAUAGGGUUUUCCCCACAAGAUGUACCCCAGCAAAGUGGUUCCGUGCCGCAUCACCCCCAUCUAGCACAAUCUCACCAAAUGGUGGGGGGUGUUAUGCCUCACCAAGGUACAGGGUACUCCCCCGGAUUGUAUCAGUCUGGAUAUUGGGCUUCGCAACAGCCACGGUAUGGUAUGCCUCCCGGACCAGUCGGUCAUUUUUAUCUUCCUAAUCAGCCGCCUGUAACACAGUCAGCGUUUUCUGGUUACCCAAUAAUGGAGCCGCGGACAAUGAUGCCUCCUGCGAGAGUGCCCACAAACAACCAAACGGAGUUGACACGCGUUUCGAAUGGACCUAUGUCUGUCGAUUGGCAGACGAAAAUGAAUGUACCAAAAAUGCCUGUUCAGGAAACCCCUUCAUUGGCAGCUGUAUCAUCUGCGCAUCAGGCCCCGUCAAGUUCAACUUCAUCACAACCUACUACUUCUUGUCCUCAACCUAUGCCGCAGAUGGCUUCUAAUUCGCUUCCCGUUCAGCCAUUAAAUUCUGCUGGAUCGACUUCGCAGCAGUUGCCGAACACAUCUACAGCUUCUGCAAUGAGCCCUGACACUGCCUCGUUAACUGCUGAUGAAUCGUUGGAUGACUCGAAAUCUUUACAAGGCGCCUCUCCAGCGUCUUGGCCGCACACUCCUGCACAGAUGAGUCAGGGCCAACGUACACCAGUGCCACCAGGUCAACCGUCGACUCCUGGUUUAUCUAAUACAGGCACGAAAGUUAAGGAGUCACCAGCCACUUUAAUGGAUAGACUGAUCGGGCCGGUAAAUCCAGGCAAUCCGUAUUAUCUUGAAAGAAGGAAGUUUUUUGAAGAAUUGUUCCAAUUUUGCGAAAGUCAGGGCGAUCCUAUCACGCAGGUUCCACAAGUUUCUAAACAAACGAUUGAUCUUCAGAGGUUGUAUUAUGCGGUUUAUAAAAGAGGAGGUUUCGAACAGGUGAUGAGAGACAAAACGUGGAAACAAAUAUGCACAGAUGCUAAUCCGGAAAUGUCAGAAUCAUCAGCAGCGGGGUACCAGUUAAGAAGACAUUAUCAAAAAUAUUUGCUAAGAUAUGAAUGCUACAAGACAGGGAAGAAUUAUGAAAUAGCUGUUGCAUUGGCCGAAAAAGCUAAAAAGCGAAGUCGUAGGGAAAAGGAGCCGCAAAUGAUCUCGCAGUAUGGACCAGGUAAAUUGAUAAUAGUUUGGGCUUGA